AAGGGUAGGGUUCCGGCGCUGCGAGCAACUACCCGAAAAGAAGGAGAAAAUUCCUCUCAUUGCAUCCGGCGGCUCGAUCGAACGAGAGAGACAGAGAGAGAGAGAGGAGAGGAGAAGAGAGAUGGGAGGGAAGUGUCCGCAUAGGAAGGUGAAGAAGCGGAGGUUCUCGCACAAGACGGCUCGCCGCUCCAAUUUCCUCCUCAAAGGUGACGACGUGGUGUAUGGCGAGCUGUUGAAGCUAGCGGAGGGGGCAGAGGCGAAGCCCCAGCCCCUGGAUGAGGACCUCCCCGGGAUGGGCCAAUUCCAUUGUCUCCACUGCGAUCGGUAUUUUGCUAAUGAGGAUGUGAGAGAUGAGCAUUUCCGCUCGAAGCGCCACAAGAAACGGGUGAAGCAAAUGACGGGACCUGCUCCUCACACUCAACUAGAUGCUGAGCUAGCUGCUGGAAUGGGAAUGCCUGAUAAUGGUCCGAAGCUCAUGUCAGCAUGAGCCCUUCAGUUUUACAGUUAUUGUAGCUGUUAACAAUUCACGGUACCGGCAAUAUAAGUGGAAGGCUUUCUGAUAAAGAAGAUGUCGGCAGAUUCUUUAUGUCCAAUUCCAGCAGAAUCUUUUCACCUUUGUGCAACACCACUUAUUCCUGAAGGAGUUGGCAUGUAGAAUUUGCUAGUAUAAUUUAUGUCCAAUUCCUCCACAUGCUUUGUUGGUGAUGGAGUUUUCUGUCUGAUUAUAUCAUGGAGGCGGAAUGCUGUUCUUGAAGGUUAUAAUAAUUCAUGCCAAACAUCUGCAAGGGUGUCACAAAGAAAAGCCAUCUUAGUAUUAUAGACCUCAAGCCAUCUGAGGUUCUAGCUUGGUAGGUCUGGACAUGCGGUCCAUGCAUUGUUGGGUCGAAACAGAGAACGACAAUUAAGAUCCUGUUUGAGGCUAUCAUUUGAUAUCUUACUAUUUUCAGAUCAAUUUUCUCUUUUCUGAAAUAGUAAAUAGAUUGAAUCUCAUAUUAUUUGUUCUGCUUGUGGGA